CUUAUUGCUAACCAAACUUUUUGUUUUUCAUGGAGGAUGAAGUUGCAUACCUAAUUUUAAUGGUUAAGUUGUUGCUCUCAAGUCUCAAACAACAAAAGUGACCUCACAACCCAAGAACCAGUCACCAUUCCUCAUUGGAUUCAAGUAGUAUUGGACCCUCUCCUUUUCUCUAUAUACACUAUACAGAGCUUUUACAAGUAGAAGACUCAGAAGUCUUUCGAAAGUUCCAAUUUUUUGACAUCUAGAUUGCUAGUGUGGUCUGUAAAGUUUGCUACUUUUAAUCUCUGCUAAAUAAUUUUUCUCCUCAAAUGAAGAAUUCUAGUCCCUCAAUCCUCUACAGACUCUUUCUUCUUCCCAUGGAGAGCAACAACAAGAAAAAAUGGUUUCUUCCACUUGUUUGUUCUCUCCUCUUAUCUUCCCUUUUCAUCUCUGCUUCUCUCUUCUCCUACUAUGAUCUCUCACCAUUCUCCCGCAGCUCAUCCAAUACAAAGAAUCCCAUUUUUAUUGAAUCGAAGCUGCGUAUCUCUUCAACUUCUUCCACUAACCCGAUUCCACGGAUUGCUUACCUGAUCUCUGGAUCUACUGGUGAUGGAGAGAGUUUGAAGAGGACCCUUAAAGCCCUUUAUCAUCCUCUCAAUCAUUAUGUUGUGCAUUUGGACCUUGAAGCUUCUCCAUCCGAGCGGCUUGACUUGGUCGAUUUUGUACGCCGAGAGCCGCUUUUUGCUAAGGUGGGUAAUGUUAGGGUUGUUAUGAGAUCGAAUUUGGUGACUUACAGAGGGCCGACGAUGGUUAGUAACACACUUCACGCAGCUUCGAUUUUGUUCCGGGAGGGGGGAGAUUGGGAUUGGUUUAUUAAUCUCAGCGCUUCGGAUUAUCCUUUGGUCACACAAGAUGAUCUGCUUCAUACUCUGUCCCCCAUCCCAAGAUACCUUAACUUUAUUGAGCAUACUAGUGACAUUGGAUGGAAAGAGUUACAGAGAGCCAAGCCCUUGAUCAUAGAUCCUGGGCUCUAUAGCCUGGAAAAAUCUGAUGUGUUCUGGGUUUCAGAGAAAAGGAGUGUUCCUACAUCAUUUAAGUUGUUUACAGGUUCUGCUUGGAUGAUGCUAUCUCGCCCAUUCAUUGAAUAUUGUUUGUGGGGUUGGGAGAACCUCCCACGAGUAGUCCUGAUGUACUAUGCCAACUUCCUGUCAUCACCUGAGGGUUACUUCCACACAGUCAUUUGCAAUGCUGAAGAGUUCCGUAACACAACUGUAAACCAUGACCUCCACUUCAUCUCUUGGGAUAAUCCCCCAAAACAGCAUCCACAUUUUCUCAAUGCCAAUGACUUUCAGAGAAUGGUUGACAGCAAUGCUCCCUUUGCGAGGAAGUUUGGCAGGAAUGAGUCGGUUCUAAACAAGAUCGAUGAGGAUCUUUUGAGCCGUUCUGUUGAUGGGUUUGUUCAUGGUGGAUGGUUUGAUAAUGGGGCAAACAUGAGCUCAAUUGUCCAACAUUACUCCCCAGUGAAUGCGAUUAUGCUUAGGCCUGGGCCUGGUGCAGAACGACUCAAACGUCUCAUCAAUGGUUUGCUGUCACAGGAGGAUUUCCAUGGAAAGCAGUGUACCUGAUGCCCAAAUUGAGAAAAUAGUCGAAGUGCUGAAGAUGAUCUUCUUGUGAUGCAGAAUACAUCUCCGACUGGUUAUGGCAGCUGCUUGUCUUGCUGCCUCUGCUGUCCAUGCUACUCUGUUUGUAAAAUAACUCCAGGUGGAUGAAUUCUCCUUCUGGGUAAUAAUCAGUUUGAGAAGGGUUGGGAAGGGGGAAGUGGGUGGUGAUGGACUGAGAGAGGGGGAAGGUUAGGAGAAUGAGCUAGGAUGGGAGAGUCCUCCCUACUGCUGGCCUAACCAUUGAUCAUUUAUGGACUCUGCUCAAUUUGUAUGCACAAUGGCCUAAAUGUAGUUCUAAGCAUCGUUACAGGGAAAUGAGUAAAUUUUGGAUGCCCAUUCCAUGA